AUGUUUGCACGCAAAGCCGUGCUAUCGCUCGCUUUUUCAUGCCUUUAUGGCAAUGUCGCAGCCCUUGAUUUGGACAUCAACAGUAGAGAUUCAAUUGUCGAUGCUGCAAAGACCCUAGCAAGUGGCAUCGUAAAAUAUUACAACGCGAGUGUUUCCGAAUCUGGAAUUCCUGGCGUUUUCCCCGAUGACUACUACUGGUGGGAAGCUGGUAUCGUACUCGAUGGGCUGAUCGGAUAUUCGAGUUUGACUGGCGAUAAGCAAUACGACUCGUUAGUCUCAGAAGGUAUUCAAUGGCAGCGAGGCAAAGACUAUGCCUUUAUGGCGCGAAAUCAGACGGCAUCCAUGACCAACGAUGACCACUGCGCCUGGGGUCAGACAGCGAUGAGUGCUGCGGAAUUCGGCUUUCCAAAACCAGAGAAUGGAUCAUGGGUAGACGCAGCCAUCUCUGUGUUUGAUGUCAUGACCAUGCGAUGGAGCACUGAAUUCUGUGACGGUGGUCUUUCUAUGGGGAUCUACAGCUUCCAGGUGGGAUCCAGCUAUAAGCAGACGGCCUCGAACGGAAACUUCUUUCUCCUCGCCUCUCGUCUUGCGCGGUUCACCGGCAAUGGCACCUAUACUGAAUGGGCCGAGAAGAUCUUUGACUGGGCGCAUGGAAAGGGCUUUGUCACAGAUGACUACCAGAUUUACGACGGCGCCGAUGGAGAACAGAAUUGCACUGAGUUCAACGAAGUCCAAUUCACCUACAACCACGGACUUUUCACUGAGGGCGCCGCCAUCCUAUACAACAUCACGGAUGGUAAACAGAAAUGGGCCGACGCAGUCGAGGGAUUUGUAAACUCUACAUCUCGCUUCGUUGAAAACGACGUUCUCGUGGAGACCGCCUGCGAGAACAACGGCAAAUGCGGCAUAGAUCAUCGGGCCUUCAAAGGUGUUGCUGCUCGUUCCUAUGCCCGCGCUGCAGUUGCUGCACCUACUCUGACGGGUCCUCUGACUUUGAUGCUGGAGAAGUCGGCCAAAGGCGCAGCAAAGGAUUGUAGCAAGGGUCAGGGAGAGACAGGAGAUGUUGCAUGCUCACUGAGUUGGGUAGAUCAAGAAAGCAUGUGGGAGUACAACACUGCUAGCGAUGGGAACUUGGGUGAAGUUUUCAGUGCAAUGGAGGUCGUGCAAGGCUUGUUGUACUCGCAGACGAAGAUUCAAGGAUCCAAUGUUACUGGCAGCCCGGUAGAGGAGGGUGAAGCUUCAAAACCGUCGGACGGUGCUGGGUCGGAGGGAACUGGUGCGGCGGGUGCGGCGGGCACCAUGACGGCCAGUAUCACAGUUGUCCUGGCUGCUGCAUUUGCCGCGGCUUUGCUAUGCUAG